AUGACGUCGGCACCAAACUCGCCUUCCCUCUCGAUGCUGAAGCCCGCCACGCCGAUGAGCCCUUAUGCCUCCGAGGAAGCCCACGUCGCAUCCCUACAGGGUCCCUCGUCGCAGAAGCUGCGUGAAUGGAGCGAGAGCUCUUUCAAGAGCACGCGCAGAGUCGUCCCGAGAGGUGAAAUGGACGAGAUUUCGCCUCUCGAUGUCGUGUUUGGGGUGCAACUAUCUGAGGAGAAGGAAGUCGCGGCGACGGCCACGACGGGCCUCAGAAGGACGCUCCUAGGGCGAACAUUUCUUGACCGCCUGCAGAACAAGUCAUCAGCGCGUCUGCCUAGCUCACCAGCGAGCUCCCCAUCUGAUCUGGCGUCCAACGACAGUCUACCGCAUGGAUGCAGCGCUCCAGAGAAAGCUCAAGUGAAGAACGGAGUAGACCCGCUGCGCGCAGUCAGGAGUCUGGCUAGAUCGGCGUCGUGGCUCAGGGGCGAAACCGGCAGCAACAAGUUCGGCAAGAGAUGGUUCGGCAAGGCACCCUGGCAUCGAAAGGAGUCUGGUGCCUCGGCCAUCAGUGCUGCGAGUUCGGUUCGAGGAUUACUCGCCGGAAGCACACCACCCGUCACACCAUCCAAGGAGAUGCAGCUCGACUACUACACCUCUGGCUAUCCAGGAGGGGAAGCCACUCGUAUCAAGACGCCCCCUCUCGUCGAAGAUUCUGCCACGGGCCACCCCAGAUCCUUCUUCUCCCAAACCCGGCCGCCCGGGAACCUGGAAGGAGCAGAUUCGUGGACAGUCAUCUCGGCCUCGCAGAAGAGCUCGCCCAGAUCCACGACGUACAGCCAGGAGGGCGGCCCCUCGUCGAAGACGAAAGAGUGGUGGGAGGCGAUGCCGUCGAAGCCCGUCAGGCGGAACCCGAGAGACUCGGACCUGGCUGUGCUGGACUUUGAAUUUGAUCUCCCAGAGCACCUCCCAACGAGUCCCACGUGUCCAGCGAACAGCAAGCACGAAUCCAGAGGAUUGGGUGUUUGUGUUUAUCAUGGCCGCGGCAAGGGAGCUUCAGGUCUCCGAAAGGAAUUCAGGCCGAGGCGCGAAGGCUCAGAAGUAUCCAUCACCAAUGCCGAUUAUGCCGGAACGUGA